CCCCCCAUGCCGCCCGCCGCGCUCUAGUCGCCGCCCGCCCCCUCCCCCUACCCGACCCGCCGCCGCCAUGUCGGUCGCCGCCGUAUCCGCCUCGUCGGCGUCCGCGGAGGGCUUCCUCGCGCUGGCCGACGAGGCCGAUCGCCGCCGCGACUUCUCGGCCGCGGCCUCCUGCCUCGAGUCCGCGCUCCGCCCGCCCCACGCCGUCGCGCUCCUCCCGCUCGCCGAGGCCCGCGCGCGGCUCCGCCUCGCCGCGCUCCUCCUCGCGCCCCGGGGCUCCUCCCCAGCCCCGCGCGCCGGCGCCCCCGCCGCCGCCAAGGCGCACCUCGAGCGCGCGCUCCUCAUCCUCUCGCCGCUGCCCUCCGCGCCGCCGCGGCUCAAGCUGCUCGCCCACUCCCACCUCGCCGGCGCCUACGCCGUCCUCGGGGCCGUCCCGUCGCAGAAGCACGUGCUCCACCGCGCCCUGGGCCUCCUCGCCUCCGCCUCCGCCUCCGGCCUCCUCCAGCGCGGGCCCGCGCUGCUGUGGACCUGCAAUUUCCAGGCGCAGCUCGCGUCCGCGCUCACCGUCGACGGGGACGCCGCGUCGGCGCUCUCCGCCCUCUCCGCUGGGGGAACCGCCGCCGCCGAGCUCGGGAGCCCCCAGCUGGAGCUCUUCUUCGCCGCCUCCACGCUCCACGUGCACCUCCUCUGCUGGGAAGACAGCGCCGCGGUGGAGAACUCCGUCACUCGCGCCACACAGCUCUGGGAUGCGCUCCCGGCCCAGCAGAAGGAGCACUGGGUUGGGCUCUUCUUCUACAUUGAGCUGCUGCGGACCUUCUACCUGCUGAGAGUCUGCGACUACAAGGCUGCCUCACAGCGUGUAGAUCGGCUGGACACAGCUGCGAAGAGCGAGUUGCAGAGAGGCCAACACAUUAAGGAGCUUGCCAAUGAGCUCAGAGCAGUGGAGAGGACGCUGGGGCAGCCUGGUUUGAAGGAGCGGGAGAGGUCAGCGCUGUCACACAAGCAGAGGCAGCUCAAGGCUCAGUUGCGGGCGUUGUGCGGCUAUGAUUCAUUGGCUGAUGUGCUGGAUUAUGGGGAUAAGUUGCUUUUGGCACCACCGCCAAUGCAUGGGGAGUGGCUCCCGCGGACUGCUGUGUUUGUGCUCGUAGAUCUCAUGGUCGUCAUGGUGAGUCGUCCAAAAGGAAUAUUUAAGGAGUGUGGGAAGAGAAUAAAUUCAGGACUCCAGCUCAUUCUUGAUGAACUUGUGAAGCUUGGCAUUGUGGAUGGUGUGACAGAAGUAAAUUUGGAACCCUCAACAAUAUGGACAGCUGGGCUGUACUUGACGCUUUUACUUCAGUUUCUGGAAAACAAAGUUGCCGUGGAACUGACAAGAUCAGAAUUUGUUGAAGCCCAGGAGGCUUUGGCACAGAUGAAAAACUGGUUUGCUCGUUUCCCAACAAUCCUUCAAGGAUGUGAAAGCACCAUUGAAAUGUUAAGGGGACAAUAUGCACAUUCUGUUGGUUGCUUUGAUGAGGCUGCUUUCCAUUUCCUUGAAGCAAUGAAGCUGACAGAGAGCAAAUCAAUGCAAUCGAUGUGCCAAGUCUAUGCAGCAGUGUCAUACAUAUGUAAAGGUGACGCAGAAUCGUCUUCACAGGCACUAGAAUUAGUUGGUCCUGCUUAUAGAACAAUGGACUCUUUUGUUGGCGUCCGAGAGAAGACCUGUAUAAUUUUUGUUUAUGGACUUCUACUUAUGAGGCAGCAUAAUCCACAAGAAGCACGGAAUCGCCUUGCAAGUGGUUUGAGAAUAGCACACCAACAGUUGGGUAACAUCCAAUUGGUUUCUCAGUACCUAACAAUGCUGGGCACAUUGGCGCUUCAGCUACAUGAUGCAGGACAAGCUAGAGAGAUCCUGAAGUCAUCAUUGACCUUAGCUAAGACGCUAUUUGAUAUUCCAACGCAAAUUUGGAUCUUGUCAGUAUUUACAGAGUUAUAUCGAGAAUUGGAAGAGAGGGGGCAUGAAAUGGAGAACUAUGAGUAUGAAAGGAAGAAAGAAGAUGAUCUUCAGAGAAGGCUUUCUGAAGCUUAUUCUCAUGUUUUUCACCAGGAGCUGGUCGAGAAAUCAAGAAUCCAGAUUCAGCCGCUACAUGACAUGUCAAGGAUGCAAUCGGAGAUGGCUGGCCCCACAGCCAAUGGUGACCUUGACAUUCCUGAAUCUGUAGGGCUCUCCGCUCCUCAGCCUUCCCUCAAAAGGCUUGUGGAGCAAGGUUCAGCAAGGCGCAGCACAAGGCGGCUACAGUAGCGAAGUAGCUUGACCUGGCACCACCGGGGCCGUCGGACUUCAGAACGGGGCGCCGAAAUAGUAUAGUACUAGUCCUUGUCGGAUAGGUGUGGCUGAUGACAUGUAAAUUAUGUGGUUUUAGGUUAUAAUUUUUUGAUUUAUUGUGUUAAUUAUUUGCAUCUUCUAUAAACAUUAUGGAUUUAGACUGUAAUCUGAAAGAAGUUCUGUUGCAGCGUAUAAAAGUUAACAUCGGAGUUUUAAGGCCU